CGACCGCAAACGAUUAAUGAUUUAUCUGCAUAUUAAUUUCCAGAUAAAACAUAAUCUACUGCAAUGGGUAAAUGCUCGCUGUCACUUGGCAACUCUCUCUUGCAGGCGGGCCACACCUGGAAUGGCGGCUCGUGGUCGUGGACUGGUGCACAGCCACCGCAGGCGGCGGCGCUUCCGCCACCGUCGGAAACUUCCAAAGUCGACACGGCGGCGGCCGAUCCCCGCCAUUGCUCGCGCUCCACGCCCCACCACGGCUAGGUACUACUCCAUUAUAGUAAAGACUCGCGCAUGUGCUGUCGUCCUUGUUUCGCCUGAUAAAGAAAUGCCACCGGGAAGUCGUCGCCGAUGCGGCCGCGGCCAGAUCCACAUCCACCAACCACCGCUCGCUGUCGCCCGUCGCCACCGGUCUUCCCCUCAUGCAUCCCCUCUCCUCCUCCGCCUCCGCCGCCCCGGCGACGCACCACCGGGGCCGCGGCCUUCGCCUUCGCGCUCCUCGCCGCCGCAUUCUUCCUCACCCCCUGCCGCGACGCCUCCGCCCCGUCCUCCACGUCCUACCCGUCCUACGGCCACCGGCUCCCCACGCUCGUCGACCUCACCCUCAUCGCCGGCGCCAGGGAGAAGAGCGUCGUGUGCCUCGACGGGACCCCGCCUGGGUACCACUGGCUCCCGGGGUUCGGGGAGGGGUCCGACAAGUGGCUCCUCCACUUGGAGGGUGGAAGCUGGUGCAGGAACCUGACAUGGUGCGCUCAGCGCAAGGAAACAAAUCUAGGUUCCUCUGACCACAUGGAAAGGCGGGUUGAGUUCGUUGGCAUCUUGAGCGACGACGAACUGCAGAAUCCAGACUUUUACAAUUGGAAUAAAGUGAAGGUAAGGUAUUGUGAUGGUGCAUCAUUUUCUGGAAAUUUCGAAGAGGAAUUUCAGGAUGGCACCCGUUUCUUUUUCAGAGGUCAACGCAUCUGGGAUGAAGUUAUGCGUGAACUUUUAUCAAAGGGUUUGUCACAUGCUAAAGAGGCUUUUCUUACGGGCUGCUCGGGUGGUGGUCUAUCCACUUACAUUCACUGUGAUGACUUCCGUGCACUUGUACCAAAGGUGUCUACUAUUAAGUGUCUUGCCGAUGGUGGUUUCUUUCUUGACGUGGAAGACAUUUGUGGGAGAAGAUAUAUGCGCGGAUUCUAUAAUGAUGUUGCUAGUCUACAGGAUCUGCGGAAAAAGUUUCCUCAUUGCAGCACAGAUAUGGAGCCAGGACAGAGUUUGCAAAGGAGCUUUACUUUCAGGGCAUGGUAUCCCGGUGAUGGUGGACAAGACCACCUACAUGGGCACAAAUGUCUUUCAUGCUACCGCUGGCCUCAGCAAGUUGCUGGUCUACCAGUGCCUCGUUGAGGAUGUCAAGAUGGACAUUGACAUGGUCGACCCCACUUAGGUUUCUGCUUAUGAUGGUUGGAGAGAUAACUUGCAGCUACUGUCGAUGAAAAUGUCAUUAGAGUUGUGCCUCUUGUAAAUAGAGAACAUAUAUGGGAUUGCUGAUCUUUUCUCUGUUCCUGUUUGUUGUGUGCAAUUUUCUUUGCUCCUGUUUGUUCUGUGUGUGGCGUGCUAUCGUGGAUGGCACUCUUUUCACUGAAUUUGUGUUAGUUGUGUAAUGUGAAAUCGUUGGUAAUUUGUUCCGGAUAUGAGCAGCUACGUACGUACUAGUAGGGUUGGUUUGUCAUACUGGGAUAUUAUUUGGACUACACAUAAGAUGUGUAAAGUUGAAUGAUGAAUGUGCUUUCAAUCAUCGCACAUUUUGCAUUUUA